AUUAAAAUGAAUCAUGAAGAGUCGAGGCCAUUGCUGGCAGAAGAUGAGACUGAACGCAGAGCAGAAACUAGCACAUACCUGGACAAUGUGAAAAAUGGGAAGUUGUACCUGGCCACAUUUGCUGCUGUUCUCGGCCCCCUCAGCUUUGGCUUUGUGCUGGGGUUUAGCUCUCCUGCUAUACCAGACCUUCAGCGAAUUCCUGAUCCGAGGCUGAGGCUCACCACUGAGGAGGCUUCUUGGUUUGGGUCUAUAGUGACGAUUGGUGCUGGUGUUGGAGGGCUCCUGGGGGGCUGGAUAGUGGACAAGAUUGGGCGAAAGCUCAGUCUCAUGUUCUGUGCUCUACCCUUCAUUUUUGGUUUCACCGUUAUUGUUGCUGCACAGAACCACUGGAUGCUGUAUGUGGGAAGAGUGCUUACUGGUUUGGCCAGUGGCGUGACGUCUCUUGUUGUGCCUCUCUACAUCUCAGAGACGUCUCAUGAGCGUGUAAGAGGAACAAUGGGGUCCUGUGUGCAGCUCAUGGUGGUGACAGGAAUCAUGGGAGCCUACAUAGCUGGUCUUUUCAUGGACUGGGGUUGGCUGGCCAUCACCUGCUCUAUCCCCCCGACACUAAUGCUGGUGUUUAUGUGCUUCAUGCCUGAGACACCACGCUACCUACUGGCACAGGGAAAAAGGAGAGAGGCGGAGGAGGCAUUGAGAUUCCUCAGAGGAGCCGACACCCCUGUUGAGUGGGAGUGUGCCAGGAUAGAGACAGUUCCUCAGUAUGAGGAAGGAAGCCUCAGUCUGGAUGAUCUGAAGGACCCUGGUGUCUAUAAACCUUUAGGAGUGGGGAUCAUGAUGAUGCUUCUACAGCAGUUUACUGGAAUAAAUGCCAUUAUGUUUUAUGCAGAGACUAUAUUUGAACAAGCACACUUUAAGAAUAGCAGUGUUGCCACAGUGGCUGUGGGUGCCAUUCAGGUGAUUUUCACUGCGGCUGCAGCCUUAAUCAUGGAUCGAGCUGGAAGGAAAGUUCUCCUGAUCCUGUCAGGUGUUGCCAUGUGUGUGAGUGAGGUUGCUUUCGGUACUUAUUUCAAGUUGUCUGCAGAGAAGCACAGUAACUCCUCACUGUUCAGCACAUUGGUGGAAACCCAGAAUACAGUCAGUGACGCCUCACAUGCAGAUUUCACCUGGCUCGCACUGACUAGCAUGGGGGUUUUCAUAGCAGGCUUUGCUAUUGGUUGGGGUCCUAUACCCUGGCUUGUGAUGUCUGAGAUCUUUCCUUCUCGAGUACGAGGACUAGGCAGUGCUGUCUGUGUUCUUACCAACUGGAGCUGUGCUUUUAUUGUCACCAAGACCUUUCACAACCUAGUGGAUCUCAUAACCAGUGCUGGGACAUUCUGGAUGUUCUCAUGUCUCUGCGCCCUUAACGUUUUCUUCACCAUCUUCUUCGUCCCAGAGACUAAAGGCAAAACACUGGAGCAGAUUCAGGCACAAUUUACAGGGAGAACCUCUCGCUGAGCUACAGUUAUGUUUCUUAUCUUACAGCUGAAUCCAAAAUCUCACGUCUCAUACCUCAGAAGUAAUUAAUGUCUGGAAGUAAUUAAAUGGUUUUUAAAACUUUUGCAAAUGACGGUUUACAGUGUUUGUUAUACACUGAACAGCUUACUGUUUUUAGUUACAGAAAAAGAACCUGAUGAAGGUACCUGAAUAAACUUCAGACAGUUCAGACAAUGGAUAAACCACACAAUAAUUGUACAUGUAAUAAGCUACACUUCUGCACUCAUGAAAGCGUUAAUCAACCGAAGAAGAUAACAUGAAAGAAAAAUAUUGUUGAGUUUUAUGGUUGUAAUAGGAUGAGUUGGUUACUGUUUUAGUAAAUGAAUUUACUUGAUGCAUUUGUCUUAUUAAGCACUAGUAAAUGUAUUUUGUUACAGCUUGAAUACAUUAUUAUAAUUGUUCAGAAUUUUAAAAGUUGCACUUUGAAGAGUUUGGAAAGCGAUUUAAUACAUACUUACAUAUUUGUUGUCUAAGAAAAGUGUAGACAGUUGUGUUAAUGUACGGUUUGGUUAUAUGGUGUUACCAUAGAAGUUGAUAUCGCGAGAUCUGGAUGCGAGGUAGCGCGUCUGGGUUUUGGUUGUUGUAUGGUGUGAUGAUACGUGCUGGAUACCUCCGUGAGACCUGUUGUUAAUAAACACUAGUUUUGGAUUUAAUAAA